CAACUUCAACUAAAACACUUGAAGUCUCGCAGUUUAAACACCGGCGCCCAUAGAACGCAGCAUAUUGACUGCUUUUUUUGUUGCAUUUUGUUACAUAAAUAAUAAUACAAAUUACAUAAAUAAUAAUAAAAAUGCUACGGAGAGGGUAUGCAGUGCUGCCUUUCUUCUUAUUGACCUGGGUCUUGAGGCUCACACAAGCUCUUGCUUCAGCUUAUGAUCGCCUGCAGGAUGAAGCAGCUGCAAAUUCCAUGUCAGGGACAGGAAACUUGGAUCGUGGAGGGAACUUGAGCCUGCUUACUGUUUUAAACAUUUCUUAUGCUGAGGACCAUUUUUCUAAACAGGAUUACUUUUCACCAAAUGGAAAAGGUGAACUUUCUGAGAUUGCUGGUUAUUCUGCAGAUCAACAGAGGCAGUCUCUUGAUCAUGUGUUUUCUGAGUCUGAUUCUACAAACGAUGGGCUUUUUGAUUUCAGCCAGCAUUCUAGGCAUGAUGAAGAUGCACUUGAACAGCCUGGCUUUUCCAAUCCAGAUAGUGAUGACUUCAAUUCUGAUUUGACCAAGGACUCUGUCCUUUUUGUUGCUGAUGAGUACCAUAUGGCUUCAGAAUCUGAAGGAGAUGUGGAACAUGUACUCUUUACUGAUCGGAGUAAUGACCCUGAUGCUGACUUCCCUGAAGUCUUUGAGCAUGCUGAUGUAGCUACUUCAGAUAAAGAAAAUGUGUCCAGUACCCUUGAUCUUCUAGAAGUCCAUGACUCGGUUAUUGCUGUACCAACAGAAAUGGGUAUAGGUGAAUUUGGCAAUGAAGAGUUUGAAUCUUCUGACAAAUAUAAAUCUGAAACCCUAGGCUAUGAUUCUGUCUCCUUUUCAGAUCUUGAAAAGGAAGGCACUGAUACUUUGCAUCCUGAUGUGCAUUCCUAUCAUCGUGAGGACCUAGUUACUGGUGACCUUAAUGGAAUGCAUGUUUCAUCGUUUGACCGUUCUGUGCUUACUGAUAUAAAUCUGGAGUUGGAAGAAGCUCUUUCUCCAGCUUUCAAGAUUGAACGUGCACACAACUCUCCUGAUCUCUCCGGAGGUCACAUGUUGCCAACCAGUGUCUAUGAUGCCUCUAUAGGAUCCUAUGGAGUCUUUAAUCUACCUAUUACCCAACAAGACCCUCCUCUCCAUAGCACAGGAGGAGAGCCAACCACCCUGGCUUCAGCAACUACAUGUGGUGUCGCAGACAUGACCAUCAAUUUAUUUGGUGGAAGGUUGACAGACCUCAAAGUGCGAGCUCCCUUUAUACUUGUUGAAGUAAGCAAGAUUGUGCAGAGGUGCCAGUACAUGGUGUUGGAGAAAAAUGGAGUUGUCAUCUUUACAACUGCUUUCAAAGGUUGCAAUGUGAAAGCACUGGAUGGGCAUCAUGUCUUGACCCUGAUGUGGAGAAACAAAUAUGUGAAUAUGUCCUGCCCAAUUCCCACACCUGAUAGACCUAUUACAAUCUGUGGUAGGAGCAGCAUGACCAUCAAACUCCCAGCAGGACCAAUAGAAGCACUUCGUGUAAAAGAUAAAUUCAACAAAUGGGUAUCCGUUUACGAAGUUGCUGUUAAAUGCAAAUAUCAACUGCUGAGUGAUUCAGAGGGAAGGAUCACUUUCACUACUUCCUACAAUGGAUGUCACGUGAGGAGAUCGAUGGAUCGUUAUUUCUAUAACAUCUACUAUCAAAUGGCUCCAGGGAAGCUAGGACAGGCAGUCAUGUCUUGUAAGACCGGUAUUAAUGUUACAGUUCCACCUGAAGAGUCUUUGCCUUCAGUGUUUUGUGGCAAGUCUGGCAUGAUGAUCAAAUUGCCUAAAGGAAGUCUUAAUGCAGUCAAAGUGAGAGAUGGUUUUGGCAAGGCAAUACCUGUCCGUAGUAUUGCCAAGAACUGCAAUUACCAACUCUUUCAAAUGAAGACUGGACACAUCAUCUUGAUUGCUUCCUUCCAAAGCUGUCAAAUUGCAUUUGUGGAUGGUUGCUUUGCCUUGAGCCUGCAAUUCCAGCAUGCUGGUCAUGUAAUGGGAGAGGUAUCUGCACUUUGCUAUGCGGGUGAGAAGCCAAAACCAACUUCCCAACCUGAGACUCCUACAACUCAAGAAGUAACUUCCAGUAUACUGUCUACAGUAAUUCCUGCAGAUGUGUCUGCUACCAUCUGCAACAAGGAUGGCAUGUCGGUAGUUCUACCCAGUGGUCCUUGGUGGGGGAUUAGAGUGAAAGAUCUUUCUGGCAAAGAAAUAAUUGUGACUAGUGUGGUUGCUGAACGAUGCCAUUACGAGCUCUCUCUGCAUCUGGAGAAAAGAAUCUUUACAACUACCUACACUGGCUGUUUUGUUGAGCAAGUGGGAGAUCGGUAUGUCCUGACUGUAAUGUACAGGACAGCUACUUGGAAUCGAGGGUCUGUGCGGAUGGAAUGCCCAACCAGUGCUGGAAGCCCUACAGAAUUGCCUCGUCUUCCAGCCACUGUGGGGAAACCCAUUACUGUCUGCAGGUCCUCUAACAUGACUGUGGUGCUGCCUACAGGAUCUCUGGAAAAAGUCUUGGUUCUAGAUGAAUUCAACAGGACAGUUAAAGUCAUUGAUGCACCCAAGUCAUGCAAUUACAGCUUGGUGGAGAGAAGAGGACAGAUCCUCUUCACAGCUUCAUACAGUGCCUGUGAUGUCAAGAUCCUGAAUGGAAACUAUGUCCUGGCCAUUAUCUAUACAACUUAUUCUGGAGACUUUGCAUCAGUGCAGAUGGAAUGCCCUACCAGUGGAGAACCAACAAAACCCCCUCCCUCUACAAAACCCAUUCCUCCAACUCCUGUCUGCGGAGCUUCCAGCAUGAUGGUGGAGCUGCCUGAGGGGCCUCUGGAACAAGUCAAGAUAAUGAGUAAAUCCAAUGGGCUAUGGGUAGCUGUCAAGGAUGUUGCAAAGAACUGCAACUACACAUUGAUGAAGGAAAGAGGAAGAAACAUCUUCAUAACCUCCUACAAGGCCUGUCAUGUCAGGAUACUGAAUAAAAACUAUGUCUUGAGUAUACGCUACAUGAGGAUGGGAAGUGCAUUCUUUGUGAAUAUGAGAUGCCCAGUAACAGAAACCACUACAGGGAAGUCAACAAAACCUGCUGUAGUCUGCAGAAACACCAGCAUGAUGGUGGAACUGCCUGAGGGAUCUCUGAAGCUAGUGCAGGUCAUUGGUAAAGACAACAGGCCAGUGGAUAUCAGUGAUGCAUUCAUAAAAUGUGGGUAUCUCUUGGUAGAGAGAGGAGGAAAGAUCAAUUUAACAGCUGUUUACACCGCCUGCGAUGUAAAGAUUGUGAAUAAAAACUAUACCUUGAUGAUAAUCUACACCACUGCAUCUGGCAAGAGAGAGAUUGUGCAAAUGAGUUGUCCAACCAGGGCUGUACAGCCAACAGCCCAUACUACUAGGAAGCCAGUGACUACUGAGAAAUCUACAAAACCAACUCUCCCUACCACUGCUGUCUGCAAAGCCUCCAGCAUGACUGUAGAACUGCCUUCUGAGUCACUUCAAGUUCUACUAUUGAAUCUGUCCAACGAAUGGGUAGAUAUCAAUGCUGCUCCCAGUUACUGCAACUACAGUUUAGUGCAGGGAAGAGGAGGAAGGAACUUCUUUACAACCCCCUACAGGGCUUGUGAUGUCCGGAUACAGAGUGGGAACUACAUUUUGAAAUUAAGUUACAUAACCCCUGUUGGACGAGAGUACUUGGACAUUAGAUGUCCAAUCAGUGCUGGGGUUCCGAUAACAAGCAGUGCUGGGGAUCCAAAGACAAUAACAAGCAGUGCUGGGGAUCCAAAGACAACAACAAGCAGUGCUGGGGAUCCAAAGACAACAACAAGCAGUGCUGGGGUUCCGAUAACAAGCAGUGCUGGGGUUCCGAUAACAAGCAGUGCUGGGGAUCCAAAGACAACAACAAGCAGUGCUGGGGUUCCGAUAACAAGCAGUGCUGGGGAUCCAAAGACAACAACAAGCAGUGCUGGGGUUCCGAUAACAAGCAGUGCUGGGGAUCCAAAGACAACAACAAGCAGUGCUGGGGUUCCGAUAACAAGCAGUGCUGGGGAUCCAAAGACAACAACAAGCAGUGCUGGGGUUCCGAUAACAAGCAGUGCUGGGGAUCCAAAGACAACAACAAGCAGUGCUGGGGUUCCGAUAACAAGCAGUGCUGGGGAUCCGACAGGGUCCGCUCCUAUCCUGAUAUUUUGCAACUCUUCCAGUAUAAAAGUGGAAUUGCCAGGGGGACCUCCAGAAAAAGUGAAAGUAAUGGAUAAAUCCAACAAUCCUGUAGCUGCUUCCUGGUGGUGUGGGUACAGUGUGGUGCAAGAGAGGGGCAAGAAUGUCUUCACAGCCCCUUACACGGCCUGUGAUGUUCAGAGACGAAAUAACUACUACUACUUGACUGUACUCUACACCACUGCUUUGGGGAAACCAGGAUAUGUGCAGGUGAAAUGCCCAUCCAGUGCUGGCCCAACAACCCAUCCCUCUACAACUACUGCUUUGGUACCUGAUCCUAUUAGAACUGCCAUCUGCAUGUCCACAAGCAUGAUGGUAGAGCUACCUGAGGGAGCUAGAGAUGUCCAAAUAGACAAAUCCAAUCGGACAAUAAUUGUUGGUGAAGCUCCCAGAGAAUGUGGGUACAGUUUGUUGCAGAGAAAAGGAAAGUACAUCUUCACAGCUCCUUACACGGCCUGUGAUAUCGAGACACAAAAUGAGAACUAUUACCUGACCUUGAUUUACUUCACUGCAACUGGGAAACGAAGGCUAGUGCAGAUGAAAUGCCCAGCUACUUCUCCCUCUACCACUACUGGAAAACCUACAAAACCAACCCCCCCUCCCUCUGCUGUCUGCAAAGCCUCCAGCAUGGCUGUAGAAUUACCUUCUGGGUCACUUCAAAUUCUGCUAUUGAACCCAUCCAACAAAUGGGUGGAUAUCAAUGAUGCUCCCAGUUACUGCAACUACACCUUGUCUCAGGAAAGGGGAAGGAACUUCUUUGUAACACCCUAUACAGCCUGUGAUGUCAGGAUACUGAAUAAAAGCUAUGUUUUGAAAAUAUGGUAUAUGACAAUUGGUGGCAAAAAAGGGUAUGUGGUGAUGACGUGCCCCACCAGUGCUGGAGAACCAACAGAAGUCCCUAUACCUAAGACCACAACUUGGGAGCCAACCCGAAUGACUAGAACCACUGGCAGGGACUCUACUGGUACCACUGGUGGGGUGCCAAUGAAGCCAACCAGAAUGACUAGAACCACUACUAGGAAGCCAACUAGGACCACUGGUGGGGAGCCAACUAAGCCAACUAGAACCACUGGUGGGGAGCCAACAAAGCCAACCAGAACAACUACUUGGAAACCAACCAGAACGACUACUAAGAAGCCAACCAGAACCACUACUAGGAAGCCAACCAGAACGACUAGAACCACUACUAGGAAGCCAACUAGAACCACUGGUGGGGAGCCAACAAAGCCAACCAAAACCACUACUAGGAAGCCAACCAGAACAACUAGAACCACUACUAGGAAACCAACCAGAACGACUACUAAGAAGCCAACCAGAAUCACUACUAGGAAGCCAACCAGAACGACUAGAACUACUACUAGGAAACCAACCAGAACGACUACUAAGAAGCCAACCAGAAUCACUACUAGGAAGCCAACCAGAACGACUAGAACCACUACUAGGAAACCAACCAGAACGACUACUAGGAAGCCAACCAGAACGACUAGAACUACUACUAGGAAGCCAACCAGAACGACUAGAACCACUACUAGGAAGCCAACCAGAACCACUACUAGGAAGCCAACUAGAACCACUGGUGGGGAGCCAACAAAGCCAACCAAAACCACUACUAGGAAGCCAACCAGAACGACUAGAACCACUACUAGGAAGCCAACUAGAACCACUGGCAGGGAACCAACAAAGCCAACCAGACCUCCUACUAGGAAGCCUAGCGGAAGCACUGGGGAGCCAACCAAGGCCCCUACAACUGUGGUCUGUGCAGCCUCCAGUAUGGUGGUGGCGCUACCCAAGGAACCUCUAAAACAUGUCCAGUUUCUAGAUAAAUCCAACAAAUGGGUAGCUGUCAUUUAUGCUCCGGAGUACUGCAACUACACCUUGUUGCAGGGAAGGGGAGGGAACUUCUUCAUAACCCCCUACACGGCCUGUGAUGUCAGGAUACUGAAUGAGAACUACUUCUUGGCCUUGCGCUAUACAACAAUUGAUGGUAAAGUAGGGUAUGUGCAGAUGAAAUGUCCAACCAGUGCUGCAGCACCCACAAAAACGCCUCCCUCUACAACCACUACUGGAAAACCAACAAUACCCACUGUCUGCAAAGCCUCCAUCAUGACAAUAGAGCUACCUGAAGGACCAAUUGGACAAGUAGCCCUAAUAGAUAAAUCCAACACUCUGGUAACCAUCAUAGAUGAUACCAGAGAGUGUGGAUACAACUUGGUGCAUGAGAGAGGAAAGAACAUCUUCACAACCCCUUAUACAGCCUGUGAUGUGAAGAUGCUGAAUGGGAAUUAUGUCCUGACUCUAGUAUAUGUCUCCUUUACUGGGAAAAGGGUACUGGUGCAGAUGAAAUGUCCAACCAGUGCAGCUUUACCAACAGGGUUGCUGCUCCCUCCCUUUGGGGUUUCUGUCCUCUGCAGUGAUACUUGCAUGACAGUGGAACUUCCUGGGGGACUGCUACAAGAUAUCCAGUUAAUGGAUGAAUCCAACAACUUGGUAGCUGUUACCAGUGCUCCCAAGACUUGUGGCUACAGUUUGGUGAGGGGGAACGGCAAGAACAUCUUGACCGCUCCUUACAAGGCCUGCAAUGUCAAGAUACUGAAGAACUUCUACAUCCUGAGAGUCCUUUACACAACUCUUACUGGGGAGCGAGGAGAUAUACAGGCCAAGUGUCCUGUUCCUGGUCUAGUACCACGUGAGGGGUGCAAGAUACCAAGAAGUCAGCAAGUUGCUUGUGGUCCUCCUAAUGCUGAUCCACAACUGUGUGUGGCCAAUGGAUGUUGUGUGGAUGCAACAACUUCCCAGUGUUACUAUCCUUUGGAUGCAUGCACAGCAGAUGGGCAUUUUGUAUUUGCAGUUUACCGCACCUCAACCAAGCCAGAAAUCGAUCCUGGCAGUCUAGUAAUUGCAGGAAACCACUCUUGUGCCCCAGUCAUCUGCACGCCAGACUUUGCCAUCUUCAAAUUUCCUGUGACUGGCUGUGGGACACAUGUCUUUACGGUGGCAGAGACUACAAUCUAUCUUGCUGAAGUUGAGGGCUUGGUUCGGGGGAACCAGCAGGUGUAUGGACAAAUUUCCAGAGAUGGCCCUUAUCGUUUAUAUGUGGAAUGUCGCUAUUCUAAAGGAAGUUUGGCCAGCACUAGUUACUUGGUGGUGAACCCACCGCCUCCAUCAGCAGCCUUGUCUUUUGGCUCGCUUGCAGUUAGGUUAAGGAUUGCCACAGACACCAGCUACACCAGCAUCUACCCACAGUCCCAUCUACCCCUGAGCUUCUUGCUUGGAAGCAAGGUGUAUCUGGAAGUGCAGCUUAUGAACCCUCCUGACCCCAAUGUAGUUCUGCUGGUCCACUACUGCAUCGCCUAUCCCCAGUCCACUCAAGCUGCCUGGGUGAUCCUCUAUGAAGAUUGUCCGAACAUCCUGGAUUACAGCAGAGCUGCUGGCCUCCAUGUCCAAUACGAUAACAUGCCUGUAUCCAAGCACACUCGACGCUUUGAAAUACAAAGCUUCCAAUUCCUGAACUAUAAGACCAAGCAGUAUUUGGAUGAGGAAAUCUAUUUUAUGUGUUCAACUGAAGUCUGUUCUCCUGAACACCGUGUUUGUAAUGAAGGAUGCUUUGAUGGGAGAGAUAUGUCUGUUCCAGUAGAUCCUGGUGUGGGAGGGCGCUGUGCAGGAAAGCCCUGUCCUGGGAAAUCGAACAUAGUCAAGCGAGCUGCUCAUGGACAUACCGGCCUCAUCGCUGUCGGUGAAGGAACCUUCAUUUUAGAUGAGAAUGUACCCCAUGAACAAACGGAGAAACACUGGACGUACUUCCAUGGUCUCCUGGGGCUGCUUGGUUUGCUGGUCCCAGUAUCUGUUGUAAUGCUUUUCUUCAAAAAAUGGGUGGUCAUGCAAAUGGUCAGAUCCCAGAGAAGCAGUCUCUAACUUUGAAUAAAACUGUAUCUUUUGAAAUUCC